AUGAAGGCUGCAAUGUCACCAGUGGGAAGCCAGGGCAUUAUCUCAGUUAUUGAGAUCCUUAUUGCCUCUGCUGUCUUCUGUCUGACAUUCAUAGUCAUCAGAUCCUUCCGGAAGCAGAUCCCCAAGGGGCUGAAGAGGCUCCCAGGACCAAGGGGUUACCCCCUGAUAGGCAACGUGCUGGAGCUGGGGAGCAAUCCACACUUGACCUUGACUCAGAUGAGCCAGACCUACGGAGAUGUGAUGCAGAUACAGAUCGGCAGCAGACCUGUGCUGGUGCUGAGUGGGUUGGACACCAUCAAACAAGCUCUGGUGAAGCAAGGGGAGGACUUCAUGGGGCGCCCUGAUCUCUACAGCUUUCGCCAUAUUGGAGAUGGCCAGAGCUUGACCUUCAGCGCUGAUUCAGGGGAGGUGUGGAAAGCUCGCAGGAAGUUGGCCCAGAAUGCCCUGAAGACCUUCUCUCUCUCACCCAGCCCCAACUCUUCGUCCACCUGCCUCCUUGAGGAGCAUGUCUCCAAAGAAGCUGACUACCUAGUAAGAAAGUUCCUGCAACUGAUGGAAGAAGAGAAGAGGUUUGACCCAUACCGCUACAUGGUAGUCUCUGUGGCCAAUGUCAUCUGUGCUAUGUGCUUUGGCAAGCGUUACGACCAUGAUGACCAGGAGCUGCUCAGUAUAGUAAACCUGAACAAAGAAUUUGGGGAGGUGGCUGCCUCCGGCAACCCUGCAGAUUUCAUCCCAGUGCUCCAGUAUCUCCCUAGCCGCCCCAUGAAAAUUUUCAAGGAUCUCAAUAAGAGGUUUAACUCCUUUCUGCAGAAGAUUGUUAAGGAGCACUCCUGCAGCUUUGAUAAGGACAAUAUUCGAGACAUCACCGACUCCCUGAUUCAGCAUUGUCAGGAGAAGAAAGUGGAUGAAUCUGCCAACAUUCAACUCUCUGAUCAGAAGAUUGUCAACAUUGUCAAUGACCUUUUUGGAGCUGGUUUUGAUACUGUGACAACUGCGUUGUCUUGGAGUCUCAUGUAUCUUGUGACAUAUCCAGAAAUUCAGAAGAAGAUUCAGAAAGAAUUAGAUCAGGUGAUUGGCAGAGAGAGGAGACCCAGACUCUCAGACCGCCCCAUGCUGCCUUAUACAGAAGCUUUCAUCUUAGAGAUAUUCAGACAUUCCUCCUUCCUGCCCUUCACCAUUCCUCACUGCACAACGAAAGACACAGUACUGAAUGGCUACUUCAUCCCGAAGGACCUCUGUGUGUUUGUCAACCAGUGGCAAGUCAAUCACAACGAGAAACUUUGGAAAGAUCCAUCUACCUUCAACCCAGAGCGUUUCCUCAAGGCUGAAGGGACUGAAGUAAACAGGGCAGAGAGUGAGAAAGUGAUGACGUUUGGCUUGGGGAAGAGGAAGUGCAUUGGUGAGUCCAUUGGCAGGUGGGAGGUCUUCCUCUUCUUGACCAUCCUGCUCCAGCAACUGGAGUUCAGCGUAUGUGAUGGUGAGAAGGUUGACAUAACACCUCACUAUGGACUGACCAUGAAGCACAAGAGGUGUGAGUACUUCCAGAUUAAACAGCGCUUUGAAGUGAAGAAAUCUGGGUGAGCUGCAGAUUCUCAUUACUAGGACACAAAGGGGAAAUGCAACAUCACAAUAGUUUGGC